AUGAUCCCGCUGGUGCCGCUCGGGUACGAGCCGGGCCACCGGCUCAGCAUCACCGGGCUGGAUCCGGGACACUUCGACGCGUCUUCUCUCACUUCUCCCGCAGACUUUCUGGGUUUAGGGUUUAACUAUAAGACCCAGCAGGAGGACUCCUCCGCUGUGUGCCACAGCGCCGGCCAGUACAAACUCUUCAGACCCCGGGUGGUGAACCAGUCCUUCCCCGCCAUGGGCACCGUGUGCUACCUGAACUGCGGCGGGGACGGCGCGUGUCCCCCGCCGGCCGGCCUGGUGAACCUGCACCCGAUGGCCUCGUACCUGCUCUCGGCGCGGCACAAAGCCUUCAUGGCGGAGAAAAGCAAGUCGGGCCUGCAGCCGGCCGGGGAGCGGUACCCGGGGUCCGGCGUGCAGGCCUUUAAGGAGCUGUCUCCGAGCCAGAUCCAGCACUACAUGAAGGAGAGGGACCACAUCCUCACCGAGAAGAUCUUCAAGGGCUCCGCGGCGGCGGCGGCGGCGGUGGCCCGGAUCGGCGGCUCGUGUCCCGGCAACAAGCCCAAAGUCUUCACCUGCGAGGUCUGCGGCAAGGUGUUUAACGCGCACUACAACCUGACGCGCCACAUGCCCGUGCACACCGGCGCGCGGCCGUUUGUGUGUAAAGUGUGCGGGAAAGGAUUCCGACAGGCGAGCACGCUGUGCCGACACAAGAUCAUCCACACUCAGGAAAAACCGCACAAGUGUAACCAGUGUGGGAAAGCCUUCAACCGAAGCUCCACCCUCAACACGCACACACGCAUCCACGCCGGGUACAAGCCCUUCGUCUGCGAGUUUUGCGGGAAAGGAUUUCAUCAGAAGGGAAAUUACAAGAACCACAAGCUGACGCACAGCGGCGAGAAGCAGUUCAAGUGUUCGAUCUGCAACAAGGCCUUCCACCAGAAGCCCUUCACCUGCCCCACCUGUGGCAAGGGCUUCUGCAGGAACUUUGACCUGAAGAAACACAUCAGGAAGCUGCACGACCUGGCCAGCCCGCAGUCGCCCCCGCAGGCCUGA